AUGGACAUCGAAAAGAAAGACGAACAACCUCUCAGAUCCUCUCCCCUCCCCCACACUGACGAAUCUCGAAAGCGCAAACGCCGGAGUUGCAUCAUCUGCUGCGCAUCCGUCACCGGAGUUAUACUCACCAUUCUUCUAGUCCUCCUCAUAUUAGGCCUCACUGUCUUCAAAGCCAAAAAACCCGUCAUGACUGUUAAUUCCGUCGCUCUCCAGGAUUUAAAUGUUUCUUUCCACACUUUUCCGGUUAGGGUUUCCUUAAACCUGUCUCUCGACCUUGGCAUCUCCAUUGAGAACCCUAACAAAGUCGGUGUAAAGUAUCAGCCCAGCUCAGCCAGUCUCCUCUACAGAGGCAACGAAGUCGGUCAGGUUCCUAUUCCCGCUGGCGAGAUUGGCUCCGAUGAUACCAGGGAGUUGAAUCUCACGGUGACUGUUUUCGCCGAUCGAUUACUUUCCGAUUCCGAUAUGUACCGGGAUCUCCUCUCCGGUAGACGAAUCGCGAAUCAAACCUGCAAUUAUCAGAACUCAUUAUAG